UACAGUUUAAAGGGCACUUGCUUUUUGUAAAGUAAAGCCUACCGUGUUAUCCAAAUAUGAAACUGAAAGAUUACUACAAAACUACCUGUGAUUUUAUUUAUGACUGAUCCUUAAGAAGCAAUGAGUAAACACUUUAAAUUUUGUCAUAAAACUUCUUUUCCAAAUGGCAACCUGUUCUGCCAUCUCAUUGACAAAAUUAUUAGGAGACCCUCCUUGCAAUUUUUGGGUCAGUGGGGAUACCACUGUUAUGAACAUAGGAUUUACAGAACAUUGGCAAAAAUUCUGAGGUAUGUCGACUUGGAUGGUUUUGAUGCACUUCUCACAGAUUAUAUUGCAUUUGCAGAAAAAUCCGGAUACCGUUUUGAACUAAGUUUUCAUUUUGAAUUUACUGAAAUAUGUGUGAAUACGAUUUUGUACUGGGUUUUUGCCAGAAAAUGUAACCCUGAUUUUGUGGAACUGCUUCUCAGGAAGACGAAAGACUAUCUUCAAGACAGAAGCUGUCACCUGGCACUGAUAUGGAGAACUUUCACACCAGUUUACUGCCCGAACCCACUCAGCGGCAUCACACCUCUGCUUUAUGUAGCUCAGACGAGGCAGUCUGGUAUCUUAAAAAUCCUCCUGCAGUACGGAAUCUUGGAGCGAGAAAAAGACCCACUCAACAUUAUCUUGACAAUAUUACUUUACCCUUCAGGAGUGAGAAUAAUGGUUGAUCAUGAACUGAUUGACAUCGAGGAGGAUGCCAAAACAUGCUUAGUGCUGUGUUCCAGAGUGCUCUCUGCCAUUCCUGUCGAGGAAAUAAAGGUGCAGUUGAGCUUGAGAAGCCAUCCGAUUAUUUCAAAUUGGUUGGAAUACAUUCCUCAGACGAGAUACAAAGAUCCAUGUGAACUAUCACAUCUUUGCAGAAUAACCAUUAGGACUCAACUAUUAACCAACAAUAUGCUCCCUGAUGGAAUAUUUUCAUCUCAAAUUCCUGUUCGUCUACAGAAAUAUCUGAACUUAGAAAGUUAA